GAAAAUUUAGGCGCUAUGUUUCACAAGUCAAAGGUCAUUUCCCACAAUGCUUCGUAACUUCCUUUUCGUGGGUUGCCCUCAAAAUACCUCAAUAUGGCAAUCCGGCAUGACAUGUGUGUUGGCCUCAGCAAAGGCUUCAAGACGACCAAAAAUGUAGUCAAACCCAAGAAAAAGGGGCCACGCAAGCACGUCAAAUUUGUACGUGAUCUGGUUCGUGAGGUCUGUGGCUUUGCGCCGUACGAGAAGCGCUGCAUUGAAUUGCUGAAAGUCAGUAAGGACAAGAGAGCGCUCAAGUUUUGCAAAAAGAGACUUGGAACGCUCCGUCGCGGACGGAGAAAGCGUGAGGAGAUGAUUGCCGUCAUCGCUGCCCAGAGAAAGGCGCAAGCGGGCGCCACACAAGCACAGACCACUGCUAAAUAAUCAUCUUUAAAAACAUGAAAAAAAACAAUGGCAUCACUUCCGGCAUCUUAAUAAGCAAAUAAGUCAAGAACAUUAGGCACAGACAACUUUUUGUGGAAGAACUUGAAAGACUCUUAAGUAAUCUCAUACAGCUAGAUUUUACUGCAGUUCAUUGUUUUUGCAAAAGCUGACUUGAUGAUCUUCAUAUCUUCCGAAGUCCUGUUUUACAUUAAUUAGUGAACGGGUUGUUAUAUUGAAGUUGAAUAAAGGAGAAAAGUUAAAAGCUGGAAGUUGCAAAA